AUGAGCAAUAACAUGUCGUCUUCAGAAAGUUUUGAGGGUUUGUUUGAUCGUCUUCGACGUCAGUCAACUAUGAGCCCUCAGCAUGGCGAGGUGCCUUUGGGUCAGGUUCACCAGCAGCAACCAUCACCACUACAGCAACAGCAGCAGCAGCAACAACAACAACAGCAAUAUCAGCAGCAUCCGCAGCAGAUCCACGGAAUCUAUCCACCUUCUGCUCCUUCUGUAAAUUCACUUCCUCCUGCGCAGCAGUACCUUCGUCAGUCUGAGCCCUUAGGUAGUCCAGGGCCCCACCAACAACCGUCUGGGAUGUCUGCCUAUCAACUGCCGCCGCAACAGCAACAGCCUCAGCGCACAUUCUCUAUGUCACAGGUGUCCUCAGAUAAUUUGGGUAACACUCAGACGCCUCCACCAUUUCCAUUGCCGCCAUAUGCAAACCCUAUGUCUCCUCCAUCUUUUGAGAGUGGAAAUGCAGAGCCUAUGAUCGCAUCACCGCCUCCAAGGCCAUCUGUUGUGUCCCCGCCUCCAAUUUCCCACCAACAGCCGUCUAGUAGCCGUAACUCUGCAUCCGACCUUAUGGCGUCAUUGAGGCGUUCUGCAACAGAGCCAUCUCAUAGUCCAAAUAUUCGUCAGGAUCAGCUUCCUCCAGAGAUGCAGCACUCGCAAUCUAUGAGGAAGUCUACUCCAGGACCUGAUGAUAUGGCAGCUCAUGCUGCAACGAUGGAAGGGGGCAAUGGCUCUGCAGAUCCCGCCACCAUGAAUGGUCGUCCUUCACCAAGUUCUAGGUUUGCAACGACAAGGUCGCCAAUUACACCAGAUGGCCGCCCAAUGUCUGUCCCUCCAGCUGUGCCACCCAAGUCCCCCGAAGUCAAUGUUAAUUCAAUGCCCUUCUCCACCCCUACCCCAAGUAAAGGCCUGUUCACUUAUGUGAACCCAUUUGAACAACUACAUGCCACUAGUCCCCGUAAUCGAACUCCAAGGGGCUCAACACCUGUUCCAGGUGGGAGAAAGAGUGCUUCUGGCUUGAAGGAAUUGAAAGCCGAGAAUAUUCCACUACCUUACUCAUCCACAAACUCGCCAGUAGUGGGAGAACCAUCUCCAAAUGCUGCAAUUGAAGCUGAGGCAGCCAGAGAUGCUUCCACCUUGGACCAAGCGCUAGAAAAAGAGGACGAGUUAAUGGAGAAGAUUGACGAUAUGUUGGAACAGCAGGCUGAGAACAGAUCUGCGACACCCGCAGAGAAGCAAUCUAUCCUUGAACAUUCUCUGAAAUCAUUGGGGCUUGAAGAUCUCGUGCAAUCGGCUCCCACUCAGCCUCAAGAGACACAGAUCCAGGAGACACAACCUCAAGAGGAACAGCCGACUGAGAAGGCUCCUGCCCCCAAAGGAGCGCCAGAGGAGGAGGAGGAUGAUUACGAAUCGGCAUCUGAGACUGCGUCUGCAGACUCCCCUGUGAUCGUUUAUAAUUUUCCCAUGAAGCCAUUUUCGUCAAUCACAAUUAUUCCUGCCGCCAUCCAGCGUUUGAACUUCCCAAGGUCCAAGAUCUCGGAUAUUGCUCGCAUGCCCAGGACCUUCGACCAGCUUGAUCGAAAUCUCAUUGCUGCAUCUCACCAGUUCAUUGUAUAUGCAAUUAGCAAAAGUGGUGGCCGUGGUGGAAUUCGGGUACUCAGGCAAUAUGAUGGCAAGGACAAAGUCUUGAUGAAGGAUUGCCCUGAUCGUACUUUCAACGUGACUAUUAGCAGAGGAGAUAGAGUAUUGGGAACUGGAAUUUCCGGGGCGGUGGUUUGGGCUGAGCUUGGUGGCGACUUUGAAGGCCUCGACUGGAACUGCAUGUUUGUAUUUCCCCCAAGUGAGGAACAGGGUCAGAGCAACGGCGUUUUGAAGUCACGUGCAAGAAGAACCUCAAGGCAACUCGAUGUAUUUGCGAUUGGUAGGGGCAAAACGAUCAGCAUUAUCCACGCCCCGACUGCGAAGGCUUACGCCAAUGGAAGAAGAGGCUUUGAGGUUGCGUCUAAGAAGUAUCUUGCGGAUCACACACGCAUGAUUGACACCGGGAAGGCAUCCAAAGACUUCGCGUUCUCUGACGAUGAUACUGUUAUCAUUUCCAUUGAUAAAGCUGGUAAACUGAAGCUUUGGGAUGUUCAGGAUCUCACUAACUUCGACAAUGCUGCCUAUAGCUCUGGGCAGAGCGUCUUCCCCGCACAGCCACCCAUGGUACAGACAAACCCGAUCCUAUACUUUUCUGCCGUGGCCGCUGGCGAAACAUACAGGGCUACUUCAGUCAUGUUCUUGGAUAAAUACAGGCCUUACCAUAAAUGCUCAGCUCUGAGAUAUGUCAUCGUUGGGAUGAAGCAAAACCACACUCUUCAACUGUGGGAUCUUGCCCUAAGCCGACCUGUUCAGGAGAUCAACUUUCCCCAGGAGAGUGACACCGAUGCAUUGUGUUCAGUUGUCUAUCAUCCAAUGACCGGUAUUAUCGUUGUUGGAAACCCGACUAGAAAUUCGAUUUACUUUAUUCACCUGUCGGCGCCAAAGUACAAUCUUCCAUUCAUGUCUCAAGCACAGUAUGUCGCUGGGCUUGCUGCUAAGGACCCUAGUAUUCCGAAACCGGAUGCAACAGCUAUUCUCAGUGGACUUAGGGAAUAUUCCUUCGCCUCUAAAGGACAGCUUAUGAGUCUGGAUAUCCUUGAUGCGUCUGAAGCUGACCCUCAAGGAGAGGUUCCACCAUUGUUCGAACUUUAUAUCGCACACAGCAAAGGAAUGACCACUUUGAGCGUUUUCAGGGAGGAUCUUGGAUGGGACACUAAAAACAGCGUUAAAAAUUCCGUUGAUGCAGUUAAGGCCGGCAUCUGUUCUCUUUCUGCCCUUGCGGCACCACCACCUCCAGAGCACAGCGAGAAAUCGACCUCUGAAAAGGAUGGCAAGAGCGAGAAGGGGGCCGAGGUCGAGAAAGUUGAACCUACCGAGCCUCCAGCACCCCAGGGAUUGAAGUCUGUGCCAUCGGUGCCCGAAAACGUCGCUGCGGACGUACCACUACCAAAAUCAGAGGCUGUCAGUCCCGUGUUGAGCCCUAAGGCGCCCAUCAUCGCUGAGGAGAAGCCACCUGUAAUUAAUGGAAGUGUAAAGAAGAAGAGAAAGGACAAGGGUAACGCAAAUGGGCCGUCUGGCUCAUCGGGUGAUGUCUCGAGGAAUGUCUCGACAUCUGUGAGGAGCCCACCACCUGGCGAAAAUGAGAGCCUUGCUAUUUCAUCCGCAUUUUUGGAUCGUGAGAUCAAAAAGAUCGAGAAGACAGUUUCAUCUGAGUUCUCGAAGGUGAUGAGUAGGGAGUUGGAAUCCCUCUACCGUCGUUUUGAUGAGGAUAAGCGGAUUCAGCAAGCUGCCGGUGAUGCGAAGCAGGAUGCUAUCCUCAGGCUCCUCUCGAGCACUCUUACUGAAAAUGUUGAGCAAGUGAUCGGCAGAAUUGUCAUGAACAACAUUCAAGGAACUGUUCUGCCUGCCAUUGCGGAUGUUACAUCUCAGGCUAUUGAUAGAAGACUUGGAGAAAGUCUCACUAGGUCUGUGGGCAAUGCCGUACCAGCUGAAUUGCAUGCCGUGAUUCCAGAUGUUCUCCGAAGGACCCUCUCCCAGCCCGAGUUCCUUGCUAGGCUUGCGGAGACUAUUGCAAAGCCUCUCAGCAAGGCAGUUGAGAACGAGCUGUCCCGAUCCAUGCAGACAGCCAUCAUUCCGGCAUUCCAGCAAAUUGCCAUCGAAGGGGCCCAAAAGAUUAUCAAGGAGCAGGAACGAAAGCACCACGAGAUGAUCGCAAACAUGGAACGUAUUCACCAACAGGAUUCCCAGAAGAUCGAUCAGCUCAUGGGGCUUGUAGACGUGGUCAAGACAAUGUCGGAUAAUAUCCAAGCCAUGGCGAAAUCCCAAAACGAAUUUCAGGAGCAGGUUCAGAGGGCACAAGCGGAGGUUCCUACCCCGCCGCAACCACAACUUUCGCCUGAAGAGCUGGAAGCCCAAGAGAUUGAAAGUCUGCUUAGGAAUGGAAAGUACGAGGAGGGGACGAUCAAGUGGCUUCAAUCUAAGGAACGUCAAGCGGAACUUUUCGAUGAAGUGGUUGUGAGGUACAGAUAUGACUUCCUACCAAAUUUAAGUCAACUCGUGCUGCUGUCCGUUUCUGCUGCAGUCAGCGUAAAAUUCGAAAACAAGGUCUUUGAGAGGUUGAGCUGGCUUGAAGGUGUUUUGGCUGUUCUUGACCCUAUGGACCCCGAGAUCCAUGAGAUUUGCCACAGGAUUAUGGCUGUUGUCGUUCAGAGGCUCGAGCAGCUGUACAUGAGCACUGCGGAGCAGAACAUGGCGGACCCAAUCCUCCGCAGGAUCCCGGCCAUUGCACGCAGGAUAACUCCCAUUCUUGCUGCGUAG